CGGGGCAUUGUGUGACGCUAUAUACUUGCGACAGCUGUUUGUUUCCAUGGAGCCGAGAUAAGCUAAAAGCUCGAGUUUGCGGAUUAGCUAACAGCGAAAUAAUUAGCUGGUUGGGUUUUUUUUUGUGGUCACACAGCUUUCAGGAUGUCAGGACGAGGAAAUGGCGAUGAUCUCGAGACUCUGUUUUCGUUUGAGCUUUUGGUGGAAUAUAUCCGAAUCGAGAAAGAAAGUAAAGUUUCCGACGAACUGGCUCUCGGAGUACGACUGCUGGAUUUUCCAACGCUGCUCAUUAAUCAGCCUCAAAAGAGCAGUAGUGGCAUUAACCAACAAGAACAGCAUGGAAAGGGUCAACGGGGAGAAUACGCCUUUAACAGAGGCAAGUCUUGUCUCUUCAAAAUGAACCCAAACUCACUGCAUACCCAUCUAUCUAACACCCCUCUCUAUGCUAUGGUGUUGGAUGUGAAAGAGGAGAUCCCCAAAUUGGUCGGGACCUCACUCAUCUCACUGGCUAAAAUGAUGGACAGAAUCAGGCAGGAUGUGACUGAACAUAGCGUUUCUACUUCCUCGUCUCAUGGUGAAAGGGGGCUUGUUGGUAUAUGCAACCUCACGGGGGAGAAAAUUGGAUCCGUUUCUCUGACUUAUAAACUGCUAAGUCUGGGAGCUAGUUUACUGCCACAUAUCACAGAAAGGAGGGGUCUUAAAAGCACCAGUGUACAUGGAGGACAGCAUGUACAAGAGAGCAUCAUGGAGAAAAACAUAUCUACAGAAUUAUUGAGUCUUGACUGUGGAAAUGUCUAUUCACCCACACUGGACAAGUCUGAUGUUAGCAGAAACAUCCAAAGCAACAAACCAUCAAAUGAGAAUACCUUGAUAACUGAGGUUAAACAGGACAGUGAUGUUUGUGUUGCCAUGAAGACAAGAAGCCAAAUGCCUCAAACACUCACAGAAACUGAAAGAAGUAGUUCUGAAGAAGAUUUAACUACAUUUUGUCCGCCACAUCUCUUCUACAGUAAUUCUGAGGAAAAUAGCAAAAAUGAAGGAGGGGAUUGCAAAUUACUGAAUAUAGACUCAGAGGCUUUUACGUUUGAAGACACGCGCUCAGAGGAAGAGACUGCUGAAAAUAAAAGUGAAGGUACAAGUUCUCCAAUGAUGGACCAGAGACUAAAACAUGAUGUAAAAGUGUCAAGAAACCAAGAAACAAGUGGGGUGACUCCAAAUGUCCUCGGGGAAGCCUUGCGACAGUUGCCUCUGCUAAAUGCUCUUCUUGUUGAGCUGUCACAGUUGAAUGACCAGAACCCACAGCAGUCCUUGUCUAUUCAUCCCAGUCUAGCUUGGAUUUACAGGCCUGUUUCCACAGAGACUUCAGCUGGGCAUGGAAACACAGCACGAAAUGCGCAAACCAAAUUGUUGCAGAAAACCAGACGGGGGACUAGUUCCCAUUUAAAACAUUUACAUUCCCCCAGAAACUGCUCUACACCAGUAGUUAGGCCUGCAUCUGUAAGCGUGAGAGAUAAACAAGAAGAGGCUUUGAUUGAGCGUAAAAGCUCCAGUACAUCUCCUAGGAAGAAGCUUGUAUAUGGUACAACUAAAACAUUUAAUCUAAGGCUGAAGCAAGUUUCUCCUCUUAAAGUAAACCGUCGUGAAUGCAUGGAAUUAAUACAGAGUGAAACACAGCCAAGUAAAGGAAAGUCAAAGUCAAGUAUUAAGAUCACGAAGUCCAGCAAAAGGAAAUCAUUAUUAAAUCCGAGCCCCAGUCUGAAUGAAAAUAUUGAGACAAUGAUACAAAGCAUCACAGUGAACUCUGCACUACAAGAAACAAUCACACUAAAACAGAAAAACCUGCAAGGGAAAGUUCAUGGUAAACAAGACAGAGACUCUCUGAGAAUUUCAGAAAAACCUUCCCUUUCUGAAAGAGACUUGAAAUGUAUUCACAUCCCCAGUGUAGAUAGUGACAAUGUUCCUCAAAACAAAGACACGAACGAGCAUCACAGUGAAUCAAAUCAAUCACAGUCUGAAUCUGUCAGGCACAGAGAGAAAAUUGAAUCUUCAGGAAGCAGCAGACACAGCAGCCCAAAAUCUUUAUUUUCAGACUCCAGCGGGGAAGGAAACGAGGAGGCAGACUACGCUGAUGACUUUAACAGUCUUGAGCCCAGCGAUGCCUACUCUCCUGACCCCUUGAGUAGCCCUGAGCCCUCCAGAGCGAAGACUCCCAAGUCUCCUGUCCACCCCGACUUCUGCAACUCUGACUCUGAAGGUUUCCAGACGAGAGCAGUCCUCCCUGUGCCCAUCAAAGCCCCCAGCUCUCCACAGCGUGCUCUGAGGGGUACGCACAUCAUCCGACCUCGAACCCACGCCUCGGCCCUCAGCUUUUCCUCCGAUGAUGGUGACGGGGACAGGUUGGUUUCCUUGCAAACCACAUGCUCCAGGAAACAGAUGACGGAGAGCAGUAGAGUGGAAAGGAGCUCUGGCGCAGAGAGUUUCAUAUCAUCAAAAAGUCAAUGGAGCAAGUCAACCAAGAACAGCGGCCCAGUUCCAGGAUUUUCUGCAGAAUCGAUAUCCUCCUUUGAACCACAGGAGGCAGAGGAACUGGAGGAUGAGCUAGGCUCUCUGGAUUUCAGAAAGGAGUAUCAGCAUAUCUCUAAGCUAGUGGCCAACAAACUCCCUGGUUACACUAUGUAAAGAAAAAAUAUAUACAUCAAGGCUACACUAUUUCCCUUAGCCAAGUGAAACAGAUGAGUAGCAGUAUUGUAUUGUACGCAUCUAGCAAAUAUGUAACUGUGUAAGUUUUCCUUUCAGUUAUGAUGUCUGACAACCUUUUUGAAUAAAGACAAGCUUUUUCUGGAAA